AUUUGGUAGUACAGGUAGAAAUGGUAGGUUUGGUAGUUGCUGCCACCUAGGAACAUGGCUUAAUUGUUGGUUUAUUAUGAGAUUCUUGAUUUUGAAUCUUUUUUUUGAUUUUUCUGGAAUUCUGGGUUUGAAGGAAGGAAGAAGAUGAAGUUCAUGUGUUUUUAUUAUUUUAUUAUUUUUUACCCAGAAAACGUUAGUUUUCGGAUGGAAGUCUAACGGCAGACCAGUUUUGCAACUAAGUGUAAAUGUUCAGGAUGAUUUUUGCUAAUUUUAAAGUUCGGGGACGAUUUUCACAGGAAGGCCAAUGUUCAGGGACCAAAAGUGCAAUUAAGCCUAAAAUAUACCAUUGAGGAACCUUCACAUGUGUCUUUCAUAAGUGUUGAGAGUCUUAGAGAUAUAAUAAACUUUUUCAUCAACUUUCACUUUCAAUUUUUUUUUUUAUCUUGUAUUACCAAAUUUACAUGUUCAGUGGCGGAGGCACAGGGGUGACUUCCCCCUGCUUAGUCACCCCUGGAUUUUUGGAAUUUCUCAAAAUUGAAGCAGAGUUCUUAAAGGCUAGAGAGUACAACAGCACAAGCACCUUCUUUUUUGUAAGUUUUGCUGGUGAUGAGAGGCUCGUGGUUGGAUGAUUAUGCGGUUGUGGGUGACCGUGACCGUGUCUCUGUUCCUUUUCUUUUGAUCCCCUGUUUUAUCUUGGCAUAAUGGCCUCUUCCUCCAUGUAUUUACUCUCGCUCUGUUUCUUUACUCUUGAAUUUUGAACUUGUCCAAUGAAGAUUUUGGAAACGAGAAGGACAUCUAAUUAAAGUGGAUAAUUAAUUUCUUGGAUCCAAAUAAAGCUUAGACCUCUCAGGUGAUGGUGGACUUGUUAAAAUCUCGUACUAAAACUUUGAAUGGUUGAUAAAAUCUUGAGUACCUUAACUAAAUUGAUUUGAAUGUGUUCCAAAUUCUUGCAUCUAGUUACAGCCAAGGGCAACAAUUUUUAGUGAUAUUACAUCAAAACAAAUGACAGCUAGAGGCUACAGCGACAUGGGUGUGGAGGUCGGUGAAGUCUGAAGAAAUCUGAAGAAGAAAGGGGAAAGUGGAUUGGGGAAGGAGAAAGGGAGAGAAAAGGGGAAGGAAAGGCCAAAAUUACCAAAACAAACAAACUUUCAAUGUGUUUAAAAAAAGAAAAGGAAGAUAUUCAGAUCAUGAAGUAUAUGAAUACAGAUUCUUACAGAUUCUCCAUCUCAUGGUCAAGGAUAUUGCCAAAAGGGAAAAUAAGUGCCGGUAUAAACCAAGAAGGAAUCAAGUAUUACAACAACCUGAUCAAUGAGCUACUGCAUAAUGGUCUUCAACCAUUUGUGACCAUUUUCCAUUGGGAUCUUCCCAUAGCCUUACAAGACGAGUAUAGUGGCUUCUCGAGUCCUCAUAUCAUAAAUGAUUUUCAAGACUAUGCGGAACUUUGCUUCAAGGAGUUUGGAGAUAGAGUGAAGCAUUGGAGUACUCUUAAUGAGCCAUACAGUUACAGUUCGAUUUUUAAUGAGCCCUACCUGACCUCGCACUAUCAACUCCUUGCUCAUGCAGCUGCUGUCAAAAUUUAUAAAACCAAAUACCAGGCUUCUCAGAAAGGUUUUAUAGGAAUCACCUUAAACAGUAACUGGUUCUUGCCAUUCUCAAAUGACAAAUCAGACCAUCAUGCUGCCCAGCGUGCUCUUGAUUUCAUGUUCGGAUGGUAUAUGCAGCCACUCACGACAGGAAAGUAUCCAGAAACCAUGAUGUCUUUGGUGGGAAAUAGAUUACCAAACUUCACUGAGGAGCAAUCCAAGCUACUUGCUGGAUCAUUUGAUUUUAUUGGAAUAAAUUACUACACCAGUAAUUAUGCUGCAGAUAUACCUCAUUCAAAGAAUGACAAAAGCAUACCGAGCUACUCCACAGAUUCUCAUGCCAACUUAACAUUUGAGCGUAAUGGGAUACCAAUUGGACCUAGGGCUGCUUCAUCAUGGCUAUAUGUUUAUCCAAGGGGGAUUCGAGAACUAUUGUUGUACACAAAGAGAAAGUAUAAUAACCCUUUGAUUUUCAUAACAGAAAAUGGCAUCGAUGAAUUCAAUGAUCCAAGCUUAUCACUUGGAGAGGCACUUAUAGAUACUUACAGAAUUGAUUACUACUUUCGUCAUCUUUAUUAUGUUUCAGCUGCAAUCAAGAAUGGUGUGAAAGUACAAGGAUACUUUGCAUGGUCACUUUUGGACGACUUUGAAUGGAAUUCUGGCUACACCAUUCGUUUUGGAAUUAACUUCGUCGAUUACAAGGAUAAUUUGAAAAGACAUCAAAAGCUCUCUGCCCUUUGGUUUAGGAAGUUUCUUAAAAAAUAUUAAACUUAUUGCAUGAUCUGAUGAUGAUCCUCAAUAAUCAAUAAUAUGAUGUAAACCAUCCGUCAAAAAUAAAAUAAGAGAAUAUGAUGUAAACUUGAUUGCUAGCAAGGUUAAAUGAGUUUUUCCUAGUAAGAUUUUAAUGAGGCACAUAUUCUAAGUUUGACCUUUCAAGAGGAAUUUUGUAUUGUAUGUGUUGAUCGGUCUUGUAUUGGUGAUCCCUUAUGCAUGAGAGGGUUGUUCUCAUGCUUGUUUUCUCAUUCAAUAAAUAUAUAUUUUUGUUGUAAAAAAAAACUUGAUUAGCU